AUCAAAGUAUCAGUCGCUGGGUUCACCUACUUCGGCCUUUCUUCCAUCAGAGAAAAAACUCCAGUAAUCUCGGAAUGAACUUCUACAAGAUCUUCGUUUUUGUCGCCCUCAUCCUGGCCAUCAGUUUUGGACACUCUGAAGCUGGCUGGCUAAAGAAAAUUGGAAAGAAAAUUGAACGCGUUGGCCAGCACACUCGGGACGCCACCAUUCAAGGUCUGGAAGUCGCUCAACAAGCUGCUAAUGUCGCAGCUACUGCCAGAGGAUAAAAAAGCUACUACGCCCCACACUAAAAACCAUUUGCAAAAUACCUUGUUUAUUGUUAUCGAAUUGUAUUGUUCUAUGUAAAUAACAAUUAUUGAUUAUU